UUAGAAAAGCCAUCUUGCAAGUUUCAUACUUUUUGACAGUGCGUUCUUUAUUGGUUAGGUUCUAAACUAAAGAUGCCUUCCGUGACAUUAAAAGACGUCGAUCAACACAGAUUCGUCAAGGCUUUUGCCGCGUUUCUGAAGAAGACCGGUAAAAUGCGAGUUCCAGAAUGGGUUGACAUCGUGAAGUCCGCACGUUUCAAGGAACUUGCACCCUAUGAUCCUGAUUGGUACUAUAUAAGAUGUGCUGCUUUAGUACGUCACAUUUAUAUUCGUAGUCCAAUUGGUGUAGGAGCAGUGACAAAAAUCUUUGGAGGACGCAAACGUAAUGGCACCCACCCCAGUCAUUUCUGUCGUUCUGCUGGCGGUGUAGCUCGCAAAGCUCUCCAAAGCUUAGAGCAACUGAAAUUGAUUGAAAAGGCUCCACUUGGUGGACGCAAGCUAACUAGCCAGGGUCGUAGGGACUUGGAUCGCAUUGCAGCACAAGUGAAAGCGAAAAGUAAAAAACAACUUAAAAUGCAAGAGACCCUCGUCCUUUAAUAUGUUUGUUUCUGUAAUAAAAAUAAAAAAUCCAUA